GCAGGGCACCGCCCCGGAAGGGCUCCUCGCGCCGCCAGCACUUCCGGGGCAGCGCCAUCAGCACGGCGGCCGCCAUGACGUCGCUCCGCGCUUUCACCUGCGACGACCUGUUCCGCUUCAACAACAUCAACCUGGACCCGCUGACCGAGACCUACGGCAUCCCCUUCUACCUGCAGUACCUGGCGCACUGGCCCGAGUACUUCAUCGUGGCGGAGGCACCGGGCGGGGAGCUCAUGGGUUACAUCAUGGGUAAAGCAGAAGGAUCCGUGGCUCGGGAGGAGUGGCACGGGCACGUCACUGCGCUCUCCGUGGCACCGGAAUUCCGGCGGCUGGGCCUGGCUGCCAAACUGAUGGAACUGCUGGAGGAGAUCUCAGAGAAAAAAGGUGGAUUUUUCGUUGAUCUCUUUGUGAGAGUAUCCAAUCAGGUUGCAGUAAAUAUGUAUAAGCAACUGGGCUACAGCGUGUACCGGACAGUGUUAGAGUACUACUCUGCUAGCAAUGGGGAGCCAGAUGAAGAUGCUUAUGAUAUGAGAAAAGCUCUUUCGAGGGACACAGAGAAGAAAUCAAUUAUACCUCUACCCCAUCCUGUGAGACCAGAAGACAUUGAGUAACUGAAAGCUGUGACUCUCCGACUACAUACAGAGAGGAUCACGUUGUUUCUCUGCCAGCCCAUUGAGGACUUAAGGAUGAGAAAUCUUAGGGUUGAUCUUUUUUUUAUAUGAAACACCAAAAAAAAUAAGAAAAAUGAGAAGCCGAAGUACACUGCUUCUAUCAGUAAGAGCUGAAUACCUUUUGCAUUCAUUCUUGUGAUUUUCCUUUCAGACACUGGAAAUGUAGCCUAUUAAAUAAGUAACCCCGG